CGGCCGGAAGUGAGCGCAAGGGAGAUUUUCAACCUAGCUUCGCGGCCUCCCAAACGUCAGAGGUGUAGCUCUAGGGGAGAGUGAGAGGGGAACCGGUGGCGGCUCGUACGAGUGUCGGGGCUGUGCGGUUUCUCUCUCGGCCGGCGGCACGGUGCUUUCCGGCUGCCGUCAAGCGCGGCACUGGGCCGGCGGGCGGGGACCGAGGGGCUGCCAUGGCGGCGGCGGGCCGGCUGCCGAGCUUCUGGGCGCUGCUGGCGCCGCUGCUUGGGGGGCUCGCGCUGCUGGGAGUCGGGCCGGUCCCGGCGCGGGCGCUGCACAACGUCACGGCCGAGCUCUUUGGGGCCGAGGCCUGGGGCACCCUGGCGGCCUUCGGAGACCUCAACUCCGACAAGCAGACGGACCUCUUCGUGCUGCGGGAAAGAAAUGAUUUAAUCGUCUUUUUGGCAGACCAGAACGCACCCUAUUUUAAACCCAAAGUAAAAGUGUCCUUGAAGAAUCACAGUGCAUUGAUAACAAGUGUAGUCCCAGGGGAUUAUGAUGGAGAUUCACAAAUGGAUGUCCUUCUUACAUAUCUUCCCAAAAAUCAUGCCAGCAGUGAAUUGGGAGCUGUUAUCUUCUGGGGACAAAAUCAAACAUUAGAUCCUAACAAUAUGACUAUACUCAAUAGGACUUUUCAAGAUGAACCACUAAUUUUGGACUUCAAUGGUGAUUUAAUUCCUGAUGUAUUUGGUAUUACAAAUGAAUCCAGCCAGUCACAGAUACUAUUGGGAGGGAAUUUAUCAUGGCAUCCUGCAUUGACCACGAAAAAUAAAAUGCGAAUUCCACAUUCGCACGCGUUUAUUGAUCUGACUACAGAUUUUACAGCAGAUUUAUUCCUCACGACAUUGUCUGCCUCUAGUACCUUCCAGUUUGAGAUAUGGGAAAAUGUGGAUGGAAAUUUUUCUCUCAAUACUGUAUUUGAAAAACCUCCAAACAUGAUGGUGGUCGGACAGUCCGCAUUUGCAGACUUUGAUGGAGAUGGACACAUGGAUCACUUACUGCCAGGCUGUGAAGAUAAAAACUGCCAGAAAAGCAUCAUUUACUUAGCAAAAUCUGGAACGAAACAGUGGGUUCCAGUCCUACAGGAGUUCGGCAACAAGGGCACACUGUGGGGCUUUGUGCCAUUUGUGCAUGAACAACGACCAACUGAAAUACCACUUCCAAUUACCCUUCAUAUUGGAGACUACAACAUGGAUGGCUAUCCAGAUGCUCUCGCCAUACUGAAGAAUACAUCUGGAAGCAAUCAGCAGGCCUUUUUACUGGAGAAUGUUCCUUGUAAUAAUGCAAGCUGUGAGGGGGCACAUCGUAUGUUUAAAGUCUACUGGGAGCUGAUGGACCUAAAUCAAAUCAGAGAUGCCAUGGUUGCCACCUUCUUUGACAUUUAUGAAGAUGGAAUCUUGGACAUUGUGGUACUAAGUAAAGGAUAUACAAAGAAUGAUUUUGCCAUCCAUACACUAAAAAAUAACUUUGAAGCAGAUGCUUAUUUUGUUAAAGUGAUUGUUCUCAGUGGUCUCUGUUCUAAUGACUGUCCUCGUAAGAUAACACCCUUUGGAGUAAAUCAGCCUGGACCUUAUAUCAUGUAUACAACUGUAGAUGCAAAUGGAUAUCUGAAAAAUGGUUCAGCUGGACAACUCAGCCAAUCCGCACAUUUAGCCCUCCAACUACCAUACAAUGUACUUGGUUUAGGUCGAAGUGCAAAUUUUCUUGAUCAUCUGUAUGUUGGCAUUCCCCGUCCAUCUGGAGAGAAGUCUGUACGAAAACAAGAGUGGACUGCAAUCAUUCCAAAUUCCCAGCUAAUUGUCAUUCCAUAUCCUCACAAUGUUCCUCGAAGCUGGAGUGCCAAACUGUAUCUUACACCAAGUAACAUUGUUCUACUUACUGCUAUAGCUCUCAUCGGUGUCUGUGUUUUCAUCUUGGCAAUAAUAGGCAUUUUACAUUGGCAGGAAAAGAAAGCAGAUGAUAGAGAAAAACGACAAGAAGCCCAUCGGUUUCAUUUUGAUGCUAUGUGACUUGCCUUUAAUAUUACAUAAUGGAACAGCUAUUCACUUGAUUAACUGAAAUACUAAAUUUGGCUGAUAGAAGAAAAUAAGGGACUUUGAAUAUUAUUUAUAAAUGAUGUAUCCUUUGGUAAUUAUUGAAAAGUAUUCAAAUAAAUAUGGUCUGAAUGUGUCACAAGGUCUUUUUCUAAAGCACUUUGUAUACAAUAAUUUGGGCUAUUUAAAUGUGCUGUACAUUUUUGUUACUUUGUGGAAUGUGUUGCAUGUACUCAGGUGUUUAUGUAUUUAUAAUCUUACUAGAAUAAUGAUGAUGGAAAAAGACAUAUAUAAAUAAAAAUAAAUGAACAGGGAUUUUUGUGUUCCACUUGAAUUGGUCUUGCUUCUUAUUCUAACAAUACAAAUUAUACCUUUGUGAAUGUAUCACAGAUAAAGUUAUUUCACCUUCGUCACAGCAGGUGACUGUACACGGGAUAGUGCUUGGAUACUCUCUGGCUUUGGAAUUGCAGUCCAGCGGGCUUGCCUUAAAUUCCUGGUUCCACCACUUACAAGCUGUUUGAAUUUGGCUAGUUGUUAACUUCUGUGAGCCUAAGUUUUCUUGUUUACAAAUGGGGCGAGUAAUACUACUCACUUGGGUUUGUAAACAUCAGAUGGGGUGAUGUAUGUGGAGUGCUUAGCUUGGUGCCUAGCACAGAGUUAGUUAACUGCUCAGUAAGUGGUAGUUGUCGUGAUUACUAUUUUUAGUUUUGUUUUUUUUUUACAGACUUCUACAACUAAUUAUCAAAAUAUAUAGACUCAAUAGAAUGUUAUUUUCAGGCAUGAGGAAAUCAUAAUCUUUGGAAAACCUAAAUUCUCAGUGGUUGGCAUCUUACAUGACAACUUAUUACUUGCUCAUAUUAACUAAAAAUUAUAGUACCCUCCAAGAAUUAAUAUGCACUAAAAAUUUUCAUUUCAACACUGAUCUUUAUCAUGUGAUAAUGAAGAACAUUUGAUUUCUUGAAAGGAAACUGCUGUAGAUAGCAUCUAAGAAUGCAAAUCUUCAACCACAUUUUUACUCUCAAAAGCAGAGUCUGUAAUUUACAUUCAGACUUCAAGGCAAAUUUUUGUGAACUUCACCUCACCAGAAAGUUACUUUAAGACUUAAAUCUAAGACUGGGAAAAGUUUAUACAUCAAUGUUAAUAAUUUUCUAAUAUGCAAUGGACAUGUGAUGGCUGUAAAACACAAAAACUUACCUAAAAACAAUUAAUUUUGUUCUUCAUGUUACUUUUUUCUUUACAGUUCAUUGAGAAUGGCAUGUGUUUAAGUGGUUUACUUUGUGUAUCUAAGCAUGUUAAUAUGUCUCCUUAAUAAAUACUGUGUAUUGAAACAAA